UGUAUAAGGUCAUGAGAGGAAUAGAUUGGUUAGAUGCACAGAGUCUGUUGCCCAGAGUCGGUGAAUCAAGGACCAAAGGACACAAGUUUAAGGUGAAGAAGAAGAUUUAAUAGGAAUCUGAUUGGUAACCUUUUCACACAAAGGGUGGUGGACGUAUGGGACAAACGGCAUGAGGAGGUCGUUGCGCCAGAGACUAUCGCAACAUAUAAGAAACAAUAGGACAGGAACGGCCUGUUUCCACACUGUAUCACUCUAUGACAUGGUGGGAUUGCUUUGAAGGUGGCAGAUAUGCCAGAGAAUGAUGCGUUUGAUGUGAAUUCUAGUGGGGUGAUAGACAAGGACUAGGUGAACUCUAUUCAUGUUUCAUUAGGGGAGAGGGAGAACCAGAGCACAACACAGAGGAGUUCCUUCCUACACAGAAGCGACACAGGUGAGAACUCCAUCCUCAACUUUAGGAGAGCUCCCGCUCCCCUCACCCCACUCACCAUCAACAACACCACAGUCACAUCUGUGGAGUCUUUUAAGUUCCUGGGAACCAUCAUCUCCAAGGAUCUUAAGUGGGGGGCUAACAUCGACCCCACAGUCAAAAAGGCACAACAGAGGAUGUACUUCCUGCAGCAGUUGAGGAAGCACAAUCUGCCACAGGCAAUGAUGGUCCAAUUCUCCACGGCCAUGAUAGAGUCUGUUCUCACCUUCUCCAUCAUGGUCUGGUUUGGCUCAGCCAAAGCACGACACCUGGAGGCUGCAGCGAAUCGUCCGAUCAGCAGAGAAGAUUAUUGGCUGCAACCUUCCCUCCAUUGAUGAACUGUACACUGCAAGGGCCAGGAAGUGAGCGGGCAAGAUCAUCUCUGACCCUCUCACCCUGGCCACAAACUCUUUCAAUCACUUCCCUCUGGAAGGCGACUCCAGACUGUCAAAGCUGCCACAACCAGAUAAAAACAGAUUUUAUCCACGAGUAGUUGCUCUACUCAACAGCCAAAAAUCUCUAGCCUCCCUUUGAUCUGGUAUUUUAUUGGUUCACAUGCUUGAUCAAUGGUGUUUUAUCAUUAAUGUUUUAUUAUUAUUAAUGUUUAGUGUUUUCUGAGUCAUUCGUAACUGUCACUGUAUGUCAUGUUGUUACUUGUGGGCGGAGCACUAAGGCAAAUUCCUUGUAUGUGAAUACUUGGCCAAUAAACUUACUUACUUACAACAGCAGCACAGGGGGAUCAUGUUUACUGAAGAAAAAGGAGAGGAUACCCUUGAGUUGAAAUCUUCAUCUUGGGAGCCAAUGCACCAGAGCUGGAGAAAUUGAGUAAAAGAAUGGCAGCCUCAAAAGAGGCAGGGUAGGAGGAGGUAUAGUCAAGGUAGAUCCUCAAUUCUCAAUAAAAAACAUUACGACUUUUCCCAAUUACAUGCCUAACAUGCAAACAUAUUGAAACCAAAUCCUGAGUUUUAAUCAUCUUCAAAAAUCCAACUUGUUUAGCAUGGAUUUUUCAUAUUAUGAAUUCAGACAUGAUGCAAUAAACUCCGGGAGAGGUUUGAGUGGAGGUGUUUAAGAAGGAACUGCAGAUGCUGGUGAAUCGAAGGUUUCACAACAGGAGGUUUGGGUGGACUUGGGCAAUUUCAGACCAACUUCCAGCUGCAAGCGCAGCGGGGGAUUCUCGGCCACAUGUAGAAGCGGCUCCUUCAGACGCUCACAUCUUGCUGCCGUCCCUUGAUCGCGUUUAAUUUCUGAGCAGCCGAACCAGUUGAAGAUGCUGUGACUGUGAGGAAUGUCCUUAAGAAAUCCCUGUCAUGGCCCCUGGGAUUGUCUCCUCACCACUCAUCACCUGCUGCCUACUUUCCGUCACUCUGUGCUGCCUCUAUUCCAUGUCUCAGUCUCAAGAAGAUGUUACAAGUGGGCCUGAGUCAUUGCUCAUGGUCACUGGUCCAACAGCCACCUCGGAAUAUUCAUAUCCAGAUUACAGAGGCAAAGGCUGCGUGGAUGAAAAUGGAUUUGUGUAUGAAAUUGGAGAGGAGUUCACUCCAGGACCUGCUGCUUGCCCCUGUGUGUGUACUGAUGAUGGACCAUUGUGUGUCAAGCCUGACUGUCCUAGCCUACAUCCACGUUGUAUUCGUGUGGACACCAGCCGCUGUUGCCCGGAGUGCAAGGAAAUAAAGAAUUACUGUGAAUUUCGGGAAAAGAAAUAUAAACAAUUGGAGGAAUUCCGGGUUUCCCCCUGCGAGAAAUGUCGCUGUGAACCCAAUGGGGAAGUGCACUGUUCCGUAGCAGAGUGUGCUCAGGUUGAAUGUGUGGAUCCAGUAUACGAACCAGAUCAGUGCUGCCCUGUCUGCAAAGAUGGACCCAACUGUUUUGCAGGAGUUUCCAUUAUCCCAGCAGGACGAGAGGUGAAGAUCGAUGAAUGCACAACGUGCCACUGUUCCUAUGAAGAUGGCACCUGGAGAGUUGGCCAUGAGGCAACCUGUAUCAAGAAUGACUGCCAAGAAACUUAGACAAGAGAUUGUACUGUAAAAGACAAAGACGUUUGUUAUGUUGAAUAUGAAAUGAGACUGAAAGAAUGCUGUUUUGUAUAUAUUGUAUUGCAUACCAUACAUAUGCUGUUUUUUGUAUAUACUGUAUUGCAUAGCGUACGUAUCUUUAAUUAGUUACAUUAUUUGUACAAAAUUCGAGCAAUAAAAGUGACUCGUAUAUUUCAAGCAUCCACAAUUUGGCUCUUUAAUUUUCAACAAUGUGGGUUU